AUGUCCGCGGGCAGGCCCCGCCGCCGCCGGCGGGCCCACCUGGCGGGCGCGGCGGCCCUUGCGGGCGGCGGCCUGGCGCUCGGAGCGGGGCGCCCUUCGGGCACGCCACCCCGGAGGGGGAGCCCGCUGCUGCUGGGCUUCGUGGCGAGCCCCGCGGUGCCGCGGAGCCUGGAGCCCGGCCGGCGGCUCGCCGACCAGGUGGCGCUGCAGGAGACCAGGCUCGCCUGCGACGCCGCGCAGCCGAGCGCUCCCCCGCGGGACACCACCGGGACACCGGGCGCGCUCCACGGGUGGCGCGCGCUGGCCUCCAGGCUGCGUUGUAUCUUUGAUCCGAGGUUUUCGUACAUCGUUUGCGCCAUGAUGGGGGUCAACUUUGCGCUCGCGUGCCGCGGCGGCGCUGGCGGCCUGGCCGCCGCGGCGCUGAGGGCGCCGGGGGGCCAGGCGGCCCUCGUGGCGGCCUCGGCCGGGCUCACGUCGUUCGGCGGAAGUACGCAGUCAACUCUGCUGCUGCGUUUGCUAGGUCAACGCUUCCAGGCCAACACCUGCGUGGAGGCCGAGCAGCGGAGGUUCAUCUGGCAGGACCCGUCGCCGCACCUGUGGGCGUCGCUGGGCGUCAUGCUGGCCGUGGGCAUACACCUCUGGACGGGCAGGCUGCUCGACGGCUGCUGGUGGCGAUGGGCCGUGGCACUGAACUCGGCCUUGUUCACCGUGCACGCGGUCGGCGGCUCCGGGUGGUUCGCGGACGGCAGCCCGAGGUCUCCGCUGCUGCGGAUGGUCGGUACCUUCCUCUAUCUGUGCGGCGGCGGCUUCUGGAGGGACAUCUUGGGC